AUGAGUUUUUCACCCGCAUCAACCAACAAAAGAUUGGAUGGAAAGGUCGCAAUAGUAACAGGAGGAGCUAGUGGAAUUGGUGCAAGCACAGCAAAACUCUUUUGGGAAAACGGAGCCAAAGUCGUAAUUGCUGAUAUUCAAGACGAUCUAGGCCAAAAAUUGGCCAAGAGUCUCAACAACGACAACAUCGUAUACUUCCACUGCAACAUAUCAGUAGAAGAAGAAGUUCGUGACCUUAUAGACUACACAAUCUCUAAGUAUGGCAAGCUAGACAUCAUGUACAACAAUGCAGGCAUAAGGGACAAGCCUAGAGGUUCGAUUUUAGACUCGACUCAAGAUGAGGUGGAUCGAGUCCUUAGAGUGAACCUAUAUGGUUCAUUCUUUGGAGCCAAGCACGCUGCUCGAGUCAUGGUGCCACAAAAGGAGGGUUGCAUAUUGUUCACUUGUAGUGUAUGCACACUAAUAGGAGGUAUUGCAACGCACCCUUACACUAUGUCUAAGCAUGCUAUUUUAGGGUUGGUGAAAAAUUUAAGUGUUGAGCUUAAGCAACAUGGUAUAAGGGUGAAUUGUAUCUCCCCUUCGGGUGUAUUCAGUGGCAUGGCACCGAGGCUUAAUGGGGCUCAAGGGGUUUUGAUGACCGAGGACGUUGCUCGAGCGGCUUUGUAUCUAGCUAGUGAUGAUGGAAGUUUUGUGAAUGGACAUAAUCUUGUGCUAGAUGGUGGAUCUAGUGCUGUUAAUUCAUCCAUGGGAUUCGCGUUCAGUUCAAGUUAAACAAACUAAAAAAAAAAUUUAGCAUAUGUUGAAGAUUUGGUGUUAUGUGAACAAAUGUUUGAAAUGGUACUUAUUCACUAGGAUAAUAUUAGCAUAAUUAUCGGUUAUGUUAAACUUAAUUAAGUAAGUGCGUGCUAAGUAAUAAGUGCUGACCAAAGCCCAAUCAAAUAGGCCCAAAAACAAAUCAAUUAUUCAUAGCACACCCAAGUUAAUAAAGACAUCCAACAUACUUUAUUCUUUUCAAGUGGGAUAAUGUUUCUACUUUAAAACUCACAUAUUGAAGACAGAUUAUACCUAACAUCUGGGAUUGAUUUUCACCCCGCUCUUGUGGCUCUACAUACCAAAAAAAAAAAAAAAAAAAAAAAGUUGUACUUUUUAAUUAGCACUAUGAUCUUUAUAUUCUCUUCAUUAAAAAAAAUGACAAUAUAGCUGACACAUACUUUAAGAAGCAAUUAAUAUCUCCGUUAUAUGUUAUGUGCAAUGAUCUGACAUAAAUCAG